GGUGUAACAAUAAAAAAAAAGGAAACAAAGUACCAGAAGUAUCUCACCAAUGACAUAAUAUAAAUGAAUGUUACUUAAGAUUACGAAAAGAAGUUGAAUUGUUUUUAAAGUAAAUCUGUUAGAGAAAGAGAGAUAAAGUAUCGAUAAAUGAAGCGUCCUGUUCUUAGGUAACAAUAAAAAAAUAAUAAAGAAAAGUGGGUAGUGGGUGCGGAACGAGAGGAACCGAGCGUUGAACGGAAAGGAACGAGGCGAGCCGAAUUAAAACGAAGUUCAGCCGAAGUAACACGGAAUUGCACGGUUCUAUAUUGAAUAUGUGUUGGUGGUGAUCAUCGUGUUUGGUUAACACUUUGUUGUGUGUUACGACCAUAAGCUAUAUAACACACGCACGUUAAGUGCUUAAUAUACGUCAACGUAAGAGAGAUAAAGAAGAAACACAUAGAGCAACAAUAAGAGAGAAAAAGAGAGACGAACAGAGAAAGAGAGAGAGAGAGAAACGUUGGAACACUCGCGUUACACGCACACACACACAUAUUAGAAUACAUAUAUUCCUAGUUAUAGGUGAAAAAGAUACUUGAAAGAGAUGUCAAAAAAAGGAGUUGUUAUGGCUGCAGCGGGCUGGCCCAGAGCAUGGGAACGUGGGGGUCUAAUAGGUGCAGGGGUAGGAGCUGCUGUUGGAAGGAGAGCUAAUCGUUCGCGUCUGUCGAGUAUAGGACCGAUAGUUCUGCCGGUGGCUGUUGAUACGACGGUCAUGAGUCGCACAAUGGCACGCACUGCUUCUAACAACAUGAAGGUCCUUAACGAGGAUAACAUUUAUGAGAAUAUCAAAAAAAUGGAAUACGCCGUGCGCGGUCCUUUAUUGAUACGUGCCAACGAAUUGGAAAAAGAAUUGCAAAAGGGUGCUAAAAAACCAUUCAAAGAAGUCUUGAAAGCAAAUAUUGGAGAUGCCCAUGCCAUGGGACAAAAGCCUAUAACAUUUUUACGUCAAGUAUUAAGUUUGACCACGCUUCCGUCUCUCUUAGACGAUCCCAGUUAUCCGGAAGAUGCUAAAUCUCGUGCUAGAGCGCUUCUUCAAGCGUGUAAAGGAAGCGUCGGUUGUUACACCGAGUCUGUGGGAAUGGAAAUUGUUCGUAAACAUAUAGCGCAAUAUAUUGAAGAACGAGACGGUAUACCGAGCAAUCAUCAAAAUAUUUUUCUCGGCAAUGGUGCAUCGGAUGCCAUCAAAUCCGUCCUGAAAUUAUUUGCUCAAAAGAUUGAUAACAAACCAACAGGAGUUAUGAUACCGAUUCCACAAUAUCCAUUGUACAGUGCAACUAUAUCCGAAUUUGGUCUUGGCGAAAUUGGUUAUUAUCUGGACGAAGAUAAUAAAUGGGCAUUGAAUAUUACCGAAUUAGAAAGGGCGUUAAACGAAGCGAAAAAAUGGAGUAAUCCUCGUGUGCUAGUUGUAAUCAAUCCUGGAAAUCCAACUGGUCAAGUUUUAAAUCGGUCUAACAUAGAAGACAUUCUUCGAUUCGCUCACAAACAUAAACUUUUCAUAUUCGCGGAUGAGGUUUAUCAAGACAAUAUAUAUGACAAGGACUGUUGUUUCCAUUCGUUCAAAAAAGUUGCUGUUGAAUUAGGACCGCCUUACGAUCAAAUGGAAUUGGCCUCUUUUAUGUCUAUAUCAAAAGGAUACAUGGGAGAAUGCGGCAUACGUGGUGGUUACGCGGAACUCGUAAACAUUGAUCCAACAGUAAUGAAAUUAUUACAAAAGUCAAUUUCAGCCAUGUUAUGCCCGACCGUUUUAGGCCAAGUUGUGUUGGAUGUAGUAGCGAAUGUACCCAAACCCAACGAACCAUCUUAUGCAAAGUUUGAAGAAGAAAAACGUAAUACUCUGUUGUCUUUAGCGGAAAGAUCGAAAUUAGCUGUAGAUAUGUUGAACAGUAUUCCAGGUUAUAAGACUAAUCCAUCUAUGGGUGCGAUGUACGUGUUUCCACGAUUUGAGAUCCCACCAAAAGCCGUAGAAGCAGCCAAAGCUAAAGGCCAAGCUCCGGAUCUCUUCUACGCUUUUAAACUAUUAGAAGAAACUGGAAUUUGUGUUAUAGCCGGUUCAGGUUUUGGCCAAUUACCUGGAACAUAUCACUUCAGAACAACCAUUUUACCGCAAAAAGAAAAGAUGAAAACGAUGUUGACUAGUCUAAAAGAAUUUCAUUUAAAGUUCCUCAAAGAGUAUAGUUAAAAACAAAAAAACUAAAUUGUUCGAUGCAUUUUAUCCUGCACAAACAUACACGUAUACGCGUGAAAUCAUAUUUUACUCGGACCCGACACUAACAUCACGUUAAAACUGUUCGUUUGUGCUUGUUACAUUGUUAAUGAGUACUUGUAAAUAGAAGAGUAAAAGUGCAAUUACAUUGAAAAAAAAAAGAACAAAAACAACGAGUAUCAGUCAUCGUCUCGGUUAUACACUAUAUUAAUAUUUACUAUUUAUCAAUAAAUGUACUAUAUCUAAAAGUU